AUCCAGACCUCAGCCUUGCGGGUAGCGGACUGUUUGAAAUAUGGCUUUUCCUGAGCCAAAACCGCGGGCCCCGGAGCUGCCGCAGAAACGGUUGAAGACGCUGGACUGCGGCCAGGGCGCGGUGCGAGCCGUGCGAUUUAAUGUGGAUGGCAACUACUGUCUGACGUGUGGCAGCGAUAAAACCCUAAAGCUGUGGAACCCGUUGCGUGGGACGCUGCUGCGGACGUACAGUGGCCACGGCUACGAAGUGCUGGAUGCGUCCGGCUCCUUUGACAACAGCCAUCUCUGCUCUGGUGGUGGGGACAAAACGGUGGUGCUGUGGGAUGUGGCAACUGGGCAGGUCGUGCGCAAAUUUCGGGGCCACGCUGGAGUGAGUACAAGCCAGACGACUCUCAUUAACGCGUCAACAUGGAGAUCCAUAUUAAAGGUGAACACCGUUCAGUUUAACGAAGAGGCCACAAUCAUCCUGUCUGGUUCUAUCGAUUCCAGUAUCCGAUGCUGGGACUGCCGUUCUCGAAAGCCUGAGCCCGUGCAGACGCUAGAUGAAGCCAGAGAUGGCAUAUCCAGUGUAAAGGUGUCAGACCAUGAGAUCCUGGCAGGCUCUGUGGAUGGCCGCGUGAGGCGCUAUGACCUAAGGAUGGGGCAGGUCUUCUCAGACUACGUGGGCAGCCCCAUCACCUGCACCUGCUUCAGCCGGGAUGGGCAGUGCACUCUGAUAUCCAGCCUGGACUCAACUUUGAGGCUUCUAGAUAAAGACACAGGGGAGCUGCUGGGCGAGUAUGUUGGCCAUAAGAACCAGAAGUACAAGCUGGACUGCUGCCUGAGUGAGCGUGACACACACGUGGUCAGCUGCUCUGAGGAUGGGAAGGUGUUCUUCUGGGACCUGGUAGAGGGUGCCCUGGCACUGGCCCUGCCCGUGGGUUCUAGUGUGGUACAGUCACUGGCUUACCAUCCCAUGGAACCCUGCCUGCUGACAGCCAUGGGGGGCAGCAUCCAGUACUGGCGAGAAGAGACCUAUGAGGCAGAGGGUGGAGCAAGCUGAGGCUUAGGGAUCUGACACCAAGCCAAAGGACCCAGACAAACUCAGAAGAUCCAACAAAGACCAUUUAUUCUAGAGACGCUGCUGACUAAGGAGUGGGGGGGCCCAGGGAGGGGCUGGUGUGUAAAGUUAAUAAAUAAAGGCAUGGCAAGAGCCCCAGUCUUUACCAA